AGGGGGCGGUGCGCCGCGCGCGGCAAAUUCGAAGCGCGGGCGGGGCCGGCGGCGGCGGCGGUGGCUGCGCGGGACGCGAGGCGGCGGCGGCCACGCUGCGGUGGGGUCCCCGCGGCUCCCGGCGGCGCCAUGGACGAGGCCGUGGGCGACCUGAAGCAGGCGCUGCCCUGCGUGGCCGAGGCGCCGGCGGUCCACGUGGAGGUGCACCAGCGCGGCGGCAGCACUGCAAAAAGAGAAGACAUAAAGCUGAACGUGAGGAAGCUGCUCAACAGACACAAUAUUGUGUUCGGUGAUUACACGUGGACUGAGUUCGAUGAGCCUUUUCUGACGAGAAACGUGCAGUCUGUGUCGAUCGUUGACACAGAAUUAAAGGUUAAAGACCCACAGCCCAUUGAUCUGACUGCAUGCACUAUUGCAUUUCACAUCUUCCAGCUGAAUGAAGAUGGCCCCAGCAGUGAAAAUUUGGAGGAAGAGACAGAAAACAUAAUUGCGGCAAAUCACUGGAUUCUGCCUUCAGCUGAAUUCCACGGGCUUUGGGACAGCCUCGUGUAUGACGUGCAAGUCAAGUCACAUCUCCUUGAUUAUGUGAUGACGACCUUACUGUUUUCAGACAAGAACGUCGACAGCAACCUCAUCACCUGGAACCGGGUAGUGCUGCUACACGGUCCUCCCGGAACUGGAAAAACGUCCCUGUGUAAAGCAUUAGCUCAGAAAUUGACCAUCAGACUUUCGAGCAGGUACCGGUAUGGCCAACUAAUAGAAAUAAACAGCCACAGCCUCUUUUCCAAGUGGUUUUCAGAAAGUGGCAAGCUGGUGACCAAGAUGUUCCAGAAGAUCCAGGAUUUGAUUGAUGAUAAAGACGCCCUGGUGUUUGUGCUGAUUGAUGAGGUGGAGAGUCUCACAGCCUCCCGCAAUGCCUGCAGGGCGGGAGCCGAGCCAUCAGAUGCCAUCCGCGUGGUCAAUGCUGUCCUUACCCAGAUUGAUCAGAUUAAAAGGCAUUCCAACGUCGUGAUUCUGACAACGUCCAACAUCACUGAGAAGAUCGACGUGGCUUUCGUGGACAGGGCCGACAUCAAGCAGUACAUCGGGCCGCCCUCCGUGGCUGCCAUCUUCAAAAUCUACCUCUCGUGUUUGGAAGAGCUGAUGAAGUGCCAGAUCAUAUACCCUCGCCAGCAGCUGCUGACCCUCCGCGAGCUGGAGAUGAUCGGCUUCAUCGAGAACAACGUGUCAAAGCUGAGCCUCCUCCUGAGUGACAUCUCCAGGAAGAGCGAGGGCCUCAGCGGCCGGGUCCUGAGGAAGCUGCCCUUCCUGGCUCACGCACUGUACGUCCAGGCCCCCACCGUCACCAUAGAGGGGUUCCUCCAGGCCCUGUCCCUGGCGGUGGACAAGCAGUUUGAAGAGAGACAGAAGCUGUCGGCCUGCGUCUGA